AAGUGUUGUUCCUUGACGUUCUGUCAGUGAUUCAGAUUUUUUUGCUAAUAUGGUGGUGGACGCUGCCCUGGCUGUGAAGUUUGUUGAUGGGAAAGGUGUUGCUCGCUAUCCCAUCAACUCUGUGAAUGUGCUGAAGGCUCACGGACGCAGCCAGAAAGAGAGUUUCCUCGUCAACGGAUACGCACUUAACUGCACUGUCGGAUCACAAGGAAUGGUGAAGCGUGUGUCCAAUGCCAAGAUAGCCUGUCUGGACUUCAGCCUGCAGAAAACCAAGAUGAAGCUGGGUGUUCAGGUGCUCAUCAGCGAUCCGGAGAAACUGGACCAAAUCAGACAGAGGGAAUCAGACAUCACGAAGGAGCGCAUUCAGAAGAUCCUGGCAUCAGGAGCGAAUGUGAUUCUGACCACAGGAGGCAUUGAUGACAUGUGUCUGAAAUACUUUGUGGAUGUAGGAGCCAUGGCUGUGAGGAGGGUGCUCAAGAGGGACCUCAAGCGCAUCGCCAAAGCAACUGGGGCCACUGUGUGCUCAUCUCUGUCUAACCUGGAGGGAGAGGAGACGUUUGAGGUGGCCAUGCUGGGUCAGGCAGAGGAGGUGGUGCAGGACCGAGUGUGCGACGACGAGCUCAUCCUCAUCAAGAACACGAAGGCACGCACAUCUGCCUCUCUCGUCUUGCGUGGGGCGAAUGAUUUCAUGUGUGAUGAAAUGGAGCGCUCUCUGCAUGAUGCCCUGUGUGUGGUGAAGAGGGUGCUGGAGUCCAAGUCUGUGGUACCAGGAGGUGGCGCUGUAGAGGCUGCGCUGUCCAUUUAUCUGGAGAACUAUGCUACAAGCAUGGGUUCCCGUGAGCAGCUGGCUAUUGCAGAGUUUGCUCGCUCUCUGCUCGUCAUUCCUAAAACUCUGGCAGUCAACGCCGCACAAGACUCCACUGACCUGGUGGCCAAACUCAGAGCCUUCCACAAUGAGGCUCAGGUCAACCCUGAACGCAAGAACCUCAAAUGGAUCGGGUUGGACCUGGUGAAUGGAAAGCCAAGAGACAACAAGCAGGCGGGAGUGUAUGAACCCACGAUGGUUAAAACCAAGAGUCUGAAGUUCGCCACAGAGGCAGCCAUCACCAUCCUUCGAAUCGAUGACCUUAUCAAGCUCUUCCCUGACCAGAAAGAGGGCGGGCCCUCCUACCAGGAUGCUGUCCAAUCAGGAUCUCUGGAGGGAUAAAGUCCAGCUGCAUCAAAUCUUUCAUUGGCCGGUUCUGGUGUCGCUCCGCUCCGCUCAGCUUUUGUAUUUAUUUUUGGAUCCAUCGGAUGAGCUGUUAGUGUAGAAUGUGCACUUUGAUAGCGUUACUUAUGUUUUGCUAUUAGAAUGACUGUUGGUCAUGUGUAAUGUAACAAAUGUUCCUUUUUCUGUCAUUUCAAAGACAAUAAACCAGAAUGGUGUAGAAA